AUGAAAGUUAACGCUGUAAGUAACAUUUUCAACCUGCACGAGCAGGCCGCACCGAAGAAAAAAUGGCCCCUUCUGUUCACGGUGAUCGCCCUGCUGGCGGCGACAUCAGGCCGUGUAAAUGGCUCCGCAUUUAAUUCCACAAAAGAGUCAGUAAUAAACGAGCAUAACAACAAUUUUAACGGUCGCGAAGAUGAAUUCAAUUACCCCGAUAAAGAUCCAUAUGAAGAAAGGAGCUUAGGGUCAAGUCAACCUAAGGUGUAUUAUGAACAUCUGGAAGAACUGAGCAACGCCUUCUUUACGCAGAAUGACCAGAAAAUUAGUAUGAUUCAAUUCGGCGCCAAUAAUCCGAUACAAGACAGAUGCUUUGUGUACGAAAUAGAUAUGAGUAAUGAAUUCUUAGAACCCAUUGGUAGUUACCAAAGGAUAAAAAGCAAAGAGGACAAACAAUUUAUUAAAGACUUUGGAAAGAGCGCAAUUAAAUAUGUUAGCCACAUUGACCACCUCACCGGCGGUAAUUAUAGUGGACGUAUGACCACGGCCAUGGAAAAGGGCAAAGGGAAAAGCACAAAUAAGGGGUCACUUAGGGAAGGAUCUGCUGGACCUUCUGUCUUAGGGCCAAUGCCACCCUGGGAUUCAACAGUGCUAAGGCCUACUCCGGUAGGACCAUCAUCUUUGGGAUCAUCAUCCAUGGGAUCAGGAUGGGGAUCACCCGUGGAGCCAUCUGUAGGAAUGUCUACGCCAGGUAGUGGGUCCACCACAGCUGGGCCCUCGACGCAAGCACCCACAGACAUUAACAGGCCGCAAGCUUUUGUGGAAACAAAGGCAACCGAAAAAACUGAAGAUCCAACAACUGAUCCGAUGAAUGUGGAUGCUGGAGAUAGCGCAACAGAGGAAACGACAGAAAAUGUGCCAGAUGAGGCAACCCCCAAUGAUGCAGACGAAGCAACCCCCAGUGCGGUAGACAAAGCAACCGAGAGCACCUCCGACAAAGUGAUCGAAAAUGUGGAACUUGGAGCAGCCGAAAAUGCAGAAGCUGCCCCAACGGAAGCAACCCCAUCGACCGAAGAAUCUACCCCAACAGAGGCAACCCCAUCGACCGAAGAAUCUGCCCCAACGGAUGCAACCCCGUCCACCACAGAAACUACCCCAACAGAGACCACCCCAUCAGGUGAAGGUAGCAACAAAGAGGACGUUGCUGGUCCAAGUGGCCAACCCGUUGAAGUGCAAGGCCCAAUAGACACUGAACAAGUAUCCCUUGCAGGUCCAUCGAUAAUGGAACCGAGCGAUUACCUAAACGAACAAGAAUUAUCGAGAAAGGCAUUUGACAGGUAUAACCAGUAUUAUGACGAAAUGAAAGCCUUUAAUGACUCCUUCCUAUUCGCUGCAGUGAUAGAUGGACAUGGAGGAGAAGUGAUCGCAGACAUAGUGAAGAGGUGGCUGGGAUUUUACGUGAAGAAGCAAUUAAUGGAAAAGUUAAUAAGUAAUGAUUACCAGAUUUUGACCCCAAGUGAUAUAGUAGCAAGUCUGGAGGAAGCGCACAUUCAGUUAGACAAUGAUAUUUUAAGAAAAGCAAAGGAAUAUUUUUUUGAUGGAAAUAGCAGUUACACAAGAGUUGGUUCCUGUUCAAUCAGUGUCCUCAUGGAUAAGAACUAUUUCUAUGUAAGCAAUUUAGGAGAUUCCAAAGGAUUGUUAAUAAAAAAAAAUUCUGUUGUUAGGCUGAACAAUAUACAGAAUGCAAGUGAAAUAGCAGAAAGAAUGAGAUUAGUUCAGGAGCAUCCGAAUGAAGACGAUGUAAUUAUGUGUAAAAGGACAGUGAAAUAUGGAAAUACGAGAUCCAGUGAAAUUUUUAACUUAACUCAACAGAGUUCACAAUUUCAAGUGUAUAAUGUUGGACGAUGUUAUGUCAAAGGAAGAUUACAAUGCACAAGGAGUUUUGGAGAUUUUUACCUGAAGAAGAAAAUCUUUUCCUUCGAUUAUAGGAAAAAUAGAUUCAUCGUUAAGGAGCCUCACUCCUAUCCCUACAUUUCGGCCAUUCCUGAAGUACUUAAAAUUAGGAGAACUGAGGAUGAUGAAUAUCUCGUUUUAGUAUCCGAUGGCAUUUCGGAUCACUUAAGUGACCAAGAAAUAUACGACAUCGUGAACGAGUACAGCUUCUCUGUGAAGAAAAUGUCACAGAUUAUGAUUCAGACCGUCUUAGUGAAGGCCGCCAUGCACGAGCGCAUGUCCCCCAGGGAGUUCUUGGCAUUCGUGCCCCGCGACAAGAGAAGGAAGUUCUUCGACGAUAUGUCCGUCAUUAUCGUUAAGUUGAAGUGA